CGACGAUAUUGACGAACAAUGAGACAGACGCGAGUUACCAGGUGACAGCGAACGCAUGGCCAAUUGCUUCAAGAUGAUUGGCCGACGUUGCACUCUUUUCGCCUUGAGCAUCCUGUUGAUCUUAGUCCUCAGUGUAAACAUCUAUUUCAUCCGAAUGAUCGUUGAGAGUUCUUCCUCGCAUAGGACAUACUCCAAAAAUUUACCGGAACCGAAAGCCAGGCAAGAUCCUUCCACGCCCUCACAAUCUGAUGAAAAAGAUUUGCAACUGCAAUUAAAAUCAAUUGCAAAGAGUAUCAACGAGAGGAUCAAAGAGGAGAUUCGUUCAUUGCCUUCCAAGUACUUCAAACAGAAUACAAGUUAUACUAUUGUCCUGGAACGAUUGCUAGCCGAGUUGACGAUAAUGCCAAAUGUCCGCGAAGAUAUUUGGAAUAUUCCCAAUAAUAAUUGGCCAGAUGCACAUCAGUUGAUUCCACCAGCAGCACCGGAACUAGGGACUAUUUUGGAAGUUUUGCGGAGAUCUAAAAUAGUCCGUGCGGAUAAUGCUCCACUAGGUACACAACUGAAGCUUGUGCUGAAUCUUGAGAAUGAUAUAAAAGCAUUAUUCAAGCCACAAUGGUACUCCAGAGAUACUAUUAUACAUGGACCAGUGUACCAUGGCAAGGAUCGUCACAAUGCUGAAGUGGUGGCUUUUCAUUUAUCAUCUUUGUUAGCAUUGCGAAGAGUACCACUCGCUGUUAUUCGAAAACUUGAUCUGAGGGAAGAGGUUGGUAAUCACGCGACACCUGCAUUAUACGCAACCAUGUAUCAAGAGGGUAACAAUACAUGCCUAUACGGCGUUUGUCAUUAUUGUUCUCCAGCUGAUCCUGUCUGUGGAACGGGAGAUGUAUUGGAGGGUACCCUCAUCUUUUGGCUUCCACGAUAUUUAAGACUGGUGAAGCAUCGUCAUCCUUGGCAACGAACUUAUAAAAGAAACAAACUUGCUGUAUGGGAAACAGAUGAGGGCUAUUGUGAUAAAGUAAAAGAUUCCAAGGCUUAUUCACCGCAAUCGUCAAGUAGACUCUUGGAUUUGAUUGAUACAGCGAUCUUUGAUUUUCUUAUGGACAAUGGUGAUCGGCAUCAUUACGAACUUGCACAAAACAAUUUCCACAAUCCUGCUGUAUUACUGAUCGAUAAUGGAAAGAGUCUAGGCAAUCCUGAUAUUGAUCACCUCGAUAUCUUAGCGCCUCUAUAUCAGUGUUGCAUAAUUCAUAAAACUAUGUGGGAUAGAUUACGAUUAUUUAGUGGUGGAUCUCUAAGCAUCGCAUUAGAUAGACUCCUUGCACACGAAGCUGUAAUGUCAGAUGUUUCUCCACUCAUCACAAAGGCACACUUAAAUGCUAUGGACAGAAGACUGCUUAUCAUUUAUGCCGUAAUAGAAAAUUGUUUAAAGAAAAAGAAGUACAUUUCUAAUGUGAUUUUGGAUCAUCGGUAAUCUAAGAAUAAUUCUUAUAG